CUCUCUCUCUCUCUCUCUCCGGCAUGGCAGAUUUCUCGUAUCUGUCAGACAGCGACGAUGAAAAAGCAGUGCAAGAGCUUCUCUCUCAGGCAAUGGACCACUCUGUUCUUGAACAAGUUGCAAAAAUAAACUGCUCUGGUUUCACUGACUCGGAUCUUCCAACUCACCUAGAAACCCGGUUCCAAAAGCUCAAAUCCUUCCCAGCCACAAAACCCAAGUCUCCAAAUCUCACCACUGACCCAAAGAAUUUAGCCUCUUCAAGCUUCAAUUCAAAGCUUUCUUCUCACAAAUCGUUAAAACCCCAAUUGGACAACGAGUUGAAGAACUCAAUUCGAGCGAAAACUGAGUCAGACUCGCUCUCCGACGAUGAAAAUGUGUUUCAAGAGGAAGACCCAAAAGAGAAAAAGCGUUUGAAUCCAAAACUACAAUCAGGGUUUGAUUUUUCGCCUUCAAAAUCAUCAAAUUCAUCAAGGGAAAGUGCCAUUUUCUCCCCUUCCAAACAAAACCCAGAUGGUAAGUCAGGCUCGAAAUCCAAAUCCCAAUCUGGGUCAGCUCUAUCUCGAUCUGAUUCUUGGGAUAUCUCAUUGGAUUCUCUAUCUCCGCCACAGAAAACCGGCUGUUUUCUCUGUUCUCCGAAAAGGGUUUCUAGGAAAAAGAGCAAAGAAAACAGAAUUGGGGGUGCAAGUCUUGAUUGGGGAAAGAAUUGGACAAAGAACGAUGAGUUUUUAUCAGAUUUGAGUACUUUUUCGACGAAAGAGCAACAAAAGAUGCUGAAGAAGGCCAUGAAAGAGGAAGAGAAGAUUAGUCGUGAAGCAGAGCAAAUUGUCAAGUGGGCGAAACAAGCGUCGGCGAGGAUGGAUGUUUUGGGAAUUGAAGAUGAACUAAGUGACCAUGAGAGCAAGAAGUGAAUCAGCUUCAUACCCAGAUACAAUUUGCUAUAGAGACUUAAUUCGUGAUCUAAUCAACGGACUUAAUUCAAUCUAGGGAUUGAAUUAGUGGUGAAUUUCGAUGUUUAACGAGUUCACUUUCAAUCCAAUUGAUUAGGUAUCGCGAUUACAUCUCUUAAUUAGGUCCGAAUAAUAUUUUCUCGGUCAUAAUAGUUGUUGAUAUGUUUCUAUGAUUCUUCUUUGUUUUCAAUUCUAGAAUAUGCAGUGUAAUUUGUGGAGGGUAUGGUUUUCUCAAAAUGUUAAUAUACAAGGAAAUAUACGCAGUUG